AUGGUGAGGGCCUUGGCCGAACUGCUUCAGAGGGCCAAGGGGCCUCCGGCCCAGUUGGGCAGGCCGCCGGGCUCAGGCCUCAAAAUAGGCAAGAUGCUUCCCGAGCAGACUAAACUCAGCCCAGAGGCGGGCGAUCCCCUCAAAGCCACCCUCUCGCCUGCCCUCCCUCUGCAGACCGGGAGGAACCUCAACUCCGUGGCAUCCUCCAGGCCACGCGGACGGCCACGGGGGUCCUUCACUAAGAGACGCAGGGCCACUCCGGGGCCUCCUUGCCAAAGUGUCGAAGCUCCGGAUCCCCUCCCCGAACCUGAGCACAACAGGCCUCCACCCUCGCCACGCCCAACCGUCAGCCCGUCUCCACCAUCUCCAGAACCUUCUAAGAAACCCCCGCUCAUCCUGAAAUUCUUUUCCAAGUCCAGGCGGCACAAGUCCGGCAAGUUGGUGGUGACCCACGUCCGGCUAAAAGGCCACCAAAAGGGUCGCAAGAGGAAAUGGAGUGUCGUGCAGAAGAGGAGGAGCUCUCCCCUUCCUUCCCUGUCUGUCUCUGGGUCGGAGGCUCCUUUAUCAGAGACGGAGGCUUCUGCCCCUGAAUCGGAACGAAAAGAGGCGGCUUCCCCCCCAGAGUCACAGCCAGAGGUUCUUGCUGUGGGUCAGGAGCCAUGGCCAGAACUUCCUGACUCAAAGCCAGAAGCGCAACCUGAAGUGGUCGCUCAGGAGCCUGAGCAUCAACUGGAGGUUCCUCCCAUGGGGGCAGAAGUCUCUCGACCAGAACUGGAAGCUCCAGCGCCCGGGGAUGGCGUUUCUGCUCUGCCGAGUGGGCUUUCUGGGAAACAGGGGCAGCAGCCGCCCAGCUCGCAGAGCGAGGGGAUGGGAGCCCUUCCUGAGGAGGGGUCUUCCAGCAUUGCCCUCUCCACGCGGGCGCAGUGUUCGAAGCGGGGCCGCGGCCGGCCGCCCCUGACAGCCUCCCAGCGGGCUCAGCGGAUGGCGACACAGCAGCUACCGGCCAAGGCCCGGGAGGAGGUGUUGGUGGCUGCUCAGCAGGCCGGUGGCCCCGGCUCCGAGGACGCUCCAGGUCACAAGGCCACGUUCCUGAAGAACAUCCGCCAGUUCAUCAUGCCCGUGGUGAGUGCUCGCUCGUCACGCCUCAUCCGCACCCCCCGCCGCUUUAUGGACGAGGUCCCGCAGAAGGCGGCCAAGCCUGCGGAAAACCCAGCCGCCCCAGAAGGGCCUUGUCCUGACAAGCAAGAGGCCUCCUCGUCUUUGUUGCCGGUGACCUCCCUGCAGCUGAUGCCCCUGACCCCUAGCUCGCCAAGUAAAGACACCUCCAGAGCCCUCUCACCACCACCUUCCCCCAGCGUCCCCCAUAUAGCUUCCCCUGCCCCCGGCCUGCUCGAGAAGCGCCGCUCCAUCCUCCGGGAGCCCACUUUCCGCUGGACUUCACUGAGCCCCACUUCGUCCCCGAAGGACCUGGGCAAGUCUCUCUUCCACCUUCCCAGCGAAGAUUCCCCUUCUUUGCCCAGCACUCCGGCACCGACCCCUUCGCCCCCGGCCAAACGGACUCCUCUGCUGCGGGCCCCUCAGUUCACACCGAGUGAGGCGCACCUUAAAAUCUACGAGUCACUGACGGUGUCUUCCGAGGAGGCCGAGCCGGUGCCUGCCUCCCCCGAGGUCAGGAGAGACCCCCCGCCCUCGCAGCAGGAAGCCCCCCUGCUCCCCAGUGAGCCGGUGGUCACCCGCAGCAGCAAGAGGCUGAUGGGAAGGACGAACCACCUCACCUUGCCUCUCUUCACGGAGGUCCCGAGGCCGCUGGGGGCUCAGGGCAAAGAGCUGAUCACAAUGGAAGAUGUGAAUUCCCCCGGCGUGGUGCACAAGGUGGCCAUCCGAAGGGUCGUGCCUCCGGCAGCCCGCGCAAAGGAGGAGGCGGCCAAUAGCUCGGAGAGUGAGGCGGAGCCCGCCAGCCCCUGUUCGGAGGAGCCGCCGCCCCCUCCGGACUUGCCGAAGCCCCUUAUUACCCAGCUGUCGAGCAUGGAUAAAGUGUACAGCCUGCUCACGCGUGCCAAGGUGCAGCUUAUCAAGAUUGACCAGCAGAAGAAUUUCAAGCUGGGUCCGGGGUGUCAAACCAUCAAGAUGGAUGCCCUCGAGCCCCCAAAGGUCCCGAGCAAGCAGGAGCCAAGUUCAGAACUUAAAGCGGCUGGAGAAGACGGGAAGGAUGCAAGAAAGCAGGGCCAGGAAUCUCCGGUGCAGGGCCCUCGAAUCAAGCACGUGUGCCGACACGCCUCGGUGGCCCUGGGGCAGUCCCGCGCCAUGGUGCCGGAGGACGUGCCACGCCUCAGUGCCCUGCCGCUGCGAGAGAGGGAGGAGAUUGCCGCCUCGCCCACUGUUGAGGGUCAGUGCCCUGGGGAGACCUCCUCGGCCUCCGAGAGUGAGUGCGGACACUCAAAGCAGGCGAAGGCGGACGCGGCCGUCAAGGCCGCGCCACACCCCGUGCGCCGCCACGUCUCUCACCACCACGGCAAGAAGAACCGGAUGACCCGCUGUGGGAAGUGCAAAGGCUGCCUGAAGCUGCAGGACUGCGGGGAGUGCAUCAACUGCCUGGACAAGCCAAAGUUUGGGGGGCCGAACACCAAGAAGCAGUGCUGCGUGUAUCGGAAGUGCGACAAGAUUGAAGCACGGCGGGUGGAGCGGCUGUCAAAGAAAGGUCGUGCUGUAGUGAAGCCCAUCGUCCCUUGGGAUUCCGAGGAUUCUCAGGAAGAGUUCCCGGCCCCUUGGGAGGUGAUGCUGGGGGCCACCGAGACGGCCGAGCAAGACUCCCUGCUGCAGCGCAAGUCGGCUCGCCGCUGUGUAAAGCAGAGGCCCUCCUACGACAUAUUUGAAUCCUCCGACUCGGACGGGGAGCCGGUGUCUGGCUCGGCCACGCAUCGCAGGAAAUCGUCUCGGGACUCAGAUCUGCUUCCCAUGGACUCUGAGGAGCAGAGUAGACCCCGCAGGACACCCCUUCAGCCGGUGGUGCAGCUGAAGGCCCGGAAGAGGCCGGAGAAGGAUGUCUCCUCUUCUGGCACGCUCCCGUCAUUCUCCAAUGGCUGGAACGGGAAGCAGAAGUCCACGGAUGGCGUCCACCGGCUCAGGGUGGACUUCAAGGAGGACUGUGACCUGGAGAACGUCUGGCUGAUGGGCGGCCUCAGCAUCCUCACCUCGGUGCCGGUCACCGCGCAGUUGGUGUGUCUCCUGUGUGCCAGCAAGGGUUUCCAUCAGCUCGUGUUCUGCCAGGUGUGUUGCGACCCUUUCCACACCUUCUGCCUGGAGGAGGACGAGCAGCCACUGCCCGAGCAAGAAGAAAGCUGGUGUUGCCGCCGCUGCAAAUUCUGUCACGUCUGCGGCCGCAAGAACAAGGCGUCCAAGCAAUUGCUGGAGUGUGAGCGCUGCCGGAACUGCUAUCACCUGGCUUGCCUGGGGCCCAACUACCCCACGAAACCUUUCCGUAAGAGGAAGGGCUGGAUCUGUUCGGCAUGCAUCCGCUGCAAGAGCUGCGGGACCGCCCCCGGGAAGAACUGGGACACCGAGUGGUCGAGCGACUACAGCUUGUGCUCCGCCUGCUCAGUGCUGUACAAUAAAGGCAACUACUGCCCUAUCUGCUUGCACUGCUAUGAGGACAACGACUACGAGAGCAAGAUGAUGCAGUGCGCCAAGUGUGACCACUGGGUGCAUGCCAAGUGCGAGGGCCUUUCAGACGAGGGUUACGAGAUCUUGUCCAACUUGCCCGAGAGCGUCGUCUACUCCUGCCGCCCUUGCUGUGGCAGCGACAAGACCAAGUGGCGGGAGGUCCUCAACUCUGAGUUGCGCAAGGGCCUCCGGCAGGUGCUGCAAGGCCUGCUGGGCUCCAAGUUCGCUGCUCCUCUGCUGCAGUGUGCCCAGUGUUGCCCAGAUGAUGGCGUGAAGGUUCACCUCCGGCCCUGCGAUCUGCGCACGGUCGGCAAGUUCUUUGACCAGGGUCACUACUCGUCUGUGCACAGCUUCAAUGAGGACAUGGUGGGCAUCCUGUUGGGGCACAUGGAGGAGGGCCAAGCUGGCCUUAAUGCGAAGGCGUUCUACAUUGAGCUGAUGGGAAAGUUCUUCAGCUGGUUUGAUGCUCAGGAUCCGAAGCAUUGGACGCGCAACAGCACCCUCCCCAACGGCAUGCUUCCCAAUGCGGUCCUGCCUCCCUCCUCCGACCACAUCUAUGCUCAGUGGAGGCAGCCUGAGGAGCUCUGCCUGGGUGCCAACAGUCACCUGACUCCCACCGGCCCAGAGAAGACAGCUGGGAAGGACGCAGAGCAUGCCUUACCACAGCAGGAGCUGGACGAUCCGGAAGACAAGCGGCAGUGCGCCCUGUGCCUCCAGUUCGGCGAUGCCCCUUCCAAGGAUGCAGGCAGGCUGCUCUACAUCGGCCAGAACGAGUGGACCCAUGUCAACUGCGCCAUCUGGUCGGCUGAAGUCUUUGAGGAGAACGAUGGUUCAUUGAAGAACGUGCACGCUGCUGUGGCUCGGGGCCGACAAAUGCGCUGUGAGCACUGCCAGCGCACAGGGGCCACUGUCGGCUGCUGCCUCUCCGCCUGCCUCAGCAAUUACCAUUUCAUGUGCGCCCGCCUGCGCCACUGCACCUUUCAGGACGACAAGAAGGUCUUUUGUCAGAAGCACAUUGAUCUCCUGGAUGGGACGGAGAUCGUGGCGGAAGAUGGCUUCGAUGUCUUACGCCGCGUCUACGUCGAUUUCGAGGGGAUCAGUUUCAAGAGGAAAUUCAUGGUGGGCUUGGAGCCGGACACCAUCAAGAUGAUGAUAGGCUCCAUGAAGAUCGAUAGUCUGGGAUUGCUGACGGACUUGUCGGAGUGCGAGGGGCGUCUCUUUCCCGUCGGCUACCAGUGUUCCCGGAUUUACUGGAGCACGGUGGACGCCCGCAAGCGGUGCUGGUACAAGUGCCGGGUCCUGGAGUACCGACCAAAGCUGAGCCAGGAGGAGCCAGAUGCACUCGGGGUGCAGGAGGAGAACCACACCAUCGUGCACAGCCCAGCCGUCCCCGCAGAUGCUAACCUUGGGGGAAAACACCUUCAGGAUGCGGCCCCACCCUUGCCGCCCCCGGAACGUCACUCUCCCGCACAGAACCCAGGGCCUCUGCCGCCCCCUGAGCCCGCCGCGUCCAAGCCCAAAUCUCUCUCCGGAGCUCGCAUCAAAGUGCCCAACUACUCCCCCACUCGGCGGCCCAUCAGUGGGGUGUCCUCUCGCCCGCUGCCCUCUCCCGGGAGCGCGUCGUCCAUGUCCCAUCACAUCUUGACGGUGGGCGACCCGGACUUCCCCACUCCGCGCCGCACUCAACGCCUCAGCCCCUUGUCGCCUGGUGGUGCCCCCCGCACCCGUCGGUCUUCCCUGCCCCCGCAAGCCACUGCAAACAGGACUAGUCCCCCCAGCACCACUCUCAGGGCAAUGCUGCCUCUCCCGGAUGAACCCCCGGCUGAGAGCGGCUUGAAGCACACGUCUACCUCUGACGGGCAGCGGCCCGCACCUACCUCACCCCCUCCCUCACCCCCAGCCGUGCCCCCAGAGCUGGCUUUCGAGCUCAAUGUCUCCGACUUGGAAUUCGACGACAGCCUCUUGGACGAGCCCUUUCAGGAAGAGGAGCUGGGUGUGCCGCGGACGUGCCCCUCACCCAGCCUGGGGCUGCCUCAGCUGGAUGGGCUGGGGGAUGCCGAGAGCGAGGAGGAAAGCGAGGCCGGGCGCUACUUCCGCUUCCCACGGACGGUGCUGACGCGAGAGCCGCCUCUGCCCGCGUACCCCCUGGACCUGCCCUUGCCCCACAUCCACCAGCUGGACGGGAUAGACGACGGCACAGACAGUGAGGCGGAUGCCGCCGGGGGUCACCCAUCUGCCAAGGGCAAGCAGGGGGAGCCGCGGGUCGAGAGGGAGCUGGCUGGCCCCGCUCCCGCCCCGGAGGACCUGCCUUCCGACAUCGUGGACUUUGUACUGAAGAACAUGGACGCCCCCGAAAGCAAGGCCCUGCUGCCCACCUGCCCCAACCGGACCUCCUCACCCCCACCGCCCCCUGCCUCCGCCAGCCUUAAUGGCACCGAGUCGGCCCAUCCGAGCCCCGCUCCAGACCCUGCCCCAACCCUGAUGCUUAGUUGCGCCCAAGUGCCCAGCGGCCCCGAGGUGAAGGUGCUGGACCCCGAGGGCCAAAAGCCCGGCUCCCGGAUCAUCUUGGUGAACAAGCUGGGCCAGGUCUGCGUGAAAGUGCAGGGGGAAGAAGGCAGCGCGUUCAACGCCCAAGAUGGGGAUCAGGCCUCCGGCUGCCAGGCCAAACCAAACCCUGCCCCGGUGCAGCCCACGCCUGGGCCUGGCCUUAAUGCAGUCAUUUUGGGGGGACCCCUGAGCCUUGCCCCGAACCAAGUUCCCACCUGGACCAUCCGAGGCCCGGUACUCAGCAUGGUGCCCAUGAUGAACAUGGUGGGCACCGCCUCUCAGGCAGCUGCGGGGCAGCUGGCACUGGGGCUCCCCCAGACCUGCCUCUUGCAGCCUGUGGCCAUGAAUCCGGGGGUGCUCAGCCUUCCAGGCUUGGUGUCCUUACCCGGCCCCCGCCCGACCAUCCGGGUCAAGAGAGUCUCCACCUUUGUGGGAAAUGUACCCCUCAAGAAGGCGAAGGUGGACAGCGUCAGCGAAGAAGAACCGUUGCCGGUGUCACCUGUGGGGACUCCCGGUUCCUUGGUGAACAACUGCCUUUCUGGCAACACCGCUGGCUCUAGCAUCGGGAAGGUUCGGAUGAAGACCCCCACAGCAAGGGGCGUCCUAGACCUGGACGUGCUGAAAGAGGAGGCAGGCGCCGCUGGCAAGGACGAGCCGUCCCUGAUGGAGCACUCCCCUUCCUCCACAGCGUUGCGCUCCCGUCCCGAAACACCAGAUCAGGGCCAGGAGCCCCUACUGGAACCCCUCUGGCACAGAUAUGCGGUGGGCCUUUCCAGCUCGGACGAGGACAACCUGAACCAGGAGGACAAGGAGAACGAGGUGCCCCGCAAGACGCAGCCCCACUUGCGCUUCGAGAUCAGCAGUGAGGACGGCUUGAAUGUGCAGGCUGACAGCAUUGAGGGUGCCUGGAAAGCAGUGAUCGAGAAGGUGCAGGAAGCUCGUACCAAUGCCAGGCUGAAGCACCUGUCCUUUGCAGGCAUGAACGGCGUGCGGAUGCUGGGGAUGCACCAUGAUGCCAUCAUCUUCCUGGUGGAGCAGCUGUACGGCGCCAAGUCGUGCCAUAAGUACAAGUUCCGGUACCACCAGCAUGAAGGCGAGGAAGAGGAGCUGCCUCUUAACCCUCACGGCUGUGCCCGGGUCGAAGUCUACGUGAGGAAAUGCACCUUUGACAUGUUCAACUUCCUGGCAUCCCAGCAUCGUGUGCUUCCUGAGGGUGGCCCCUAUGACGAAGAGGAGGACGAAGUGCAGCUGAAGUCCACCAGGCGAGCGACCAGCUUAGAGUUACCCAUGGCCAUGCGCUUUCGGCACUUGAAGAAAACCUCCAAGGAAGCUGUGGGUGUGUACAGGUCAGCUAUCCACGGCCGGGGUCUAUUCUGCAAGCGAAACAUCGACGCUGGUGAGAUGGUGAUAGAGUACUCGGGCAUAGUCAUCCGUUCCGUGCUGACUGACAAGCGGGAGAAAUACUAUGACAGCAAGGGCAUUGGAUGCUACAUGUUCCGCAUCGAUGACUUCGAUGUGGUGGACGCUACAAUGCACGGCAACGCCGCCCGCUUCAUCAACCACUCCUGCGAGCCCAACUGCUACUCCCGCGUCAUCCACGUGGAGGGCCAGAAGCACAUCGUCAUCUUCGCCCUGCGGCGCAUCUUCCGCGGGGAGGAGCUCACCUAUGACUACAAGUUCCCCAUCGAGGACGCCGGCAGCAAACUGCCUUGCAACUGCGGGGCCAAACGCUGCCGCCGCUUCCUCAACUGAGGACCUGUUUCCCCGGCAACGGGCCU